GUUCACUUCCGGACGAGCAAGCGAGACGUGGGGCCACGGAAUUCCAUUUCGCGAGUAACGACACUCUUUCAUGCUGCUGCGCCAAUCUCUCGGGCAGCCAUAAUGUGAACAAUUUGCGGAAAUCGUGAAAUAAAGUGCAUCUAUUCGAAACGAUCGUAGACAUUGCAGAAACCGACGAUCGCGUGAAAAAAACAGUGAACCGUAGCGGAGAGGAACCAUAAAUUGAUAUUGGUACGAAAAGGACAUUGCGCCCCGUCCCGGGUGGUGUAAUUCAAAAACGUUGAGUAAAACACACGACAUGAAUCUAUCGUUCGCCGGCUGUGGAUUCCUGGGUAUCUACCAUGUCGGUGUUGCUGUUGCCUUCAAAAAGUAUGCCCCGCAUCUGCUGCUCCACCGCAUCAGCGGCGCAUCGGCCGGGGCGCUGGCCGCCUGCUGCUUGCUCUGCGACAUGCCACUGGGUGAAAUGACCUCGGAUUUCUUCCGCGUAGUGAACGAGGCGCGCUCCCACUCACUGGGGCCCUUCAGUCCGCGGUUCAACAUUCAAACCUGCCUGCUCGAGGGUCUCCAAAAGUUUCUGCCCACCGACGCGCACGAACGGGUCAACGGGAAGCUACACAUCUCGCUGACCCGCGUCUACGAUGGCAAGAACGUGAUCGUGUCGCAGUUUAACAGCCGCGAAGAUUUGCUGCAGGCCCUUCUCUGUGCGUGCUUCAUCCCGGUGUUCUCCGGUCUGUUGCCACCACGGUUUCACGGUGUGCGCUACAUGGACGGAGCGUUUUCGGAUAACCUGCCGACGCUGGACGAAAACACGGUCACCGUCAGUCCGUUCUGUGGCGAGAGCGACAUUUGCCCGCGCGACAACAGUGCGCAGCUGUUCCACGUGAACUGGGCCAACACCAGCAUCGAGCUGUCGAAGGAGAACAUUAACCGGUUCGGGCGCAUCCUGUUCCCGCCGAAGCCCGAGAUACUGUCCUCGUUCUGUCAGCAGGGCUUCGACGAUGCGCUCAACUUUCUGCACCGCAACAAUCUCAUCAGCUGCACGCGCUGUCUGGCGGUGCAGUCGACGUUUGUGGUCGCGGAACAACCGCCGCUCAAUCUGGAGGAGCAGAUGCUCGAGGAGUACGAUCCGGAGUGUAGCGAGUGCAAGGAGUGUACGCAGCACCGUGAGAACGCGCUCGUCGGCAGCAUGCCCGAGAACGUGCUGACCGUGUUCCAGACGUACAUCGAGCAGGCGAACAAGGGUCUCAUCAACUGGGUCUUCCGCCAUCGGGGUGGCAAGCUGCUGACGGCGCUCUCCCUCCCCGCCACGCUGCCCGCGGACAUCAUGUGCGCCACGCUAACAAAGCUAAUGGUGGCCGCACCGUCGAUAGGCAAUCAGAUCUGGGCCAUGAGCAAAUUCUUCCUGAAGAACCUCAACACCAUCCUGCUGAAGGUGGGCCGACGGCAGAAGCACCACCAGCAGUUGACGGCCAAUCUGCAGUGCCAAAUUGCGCUGACCGAGUACAACCAGAGUGCGGCGCAACACCAUCAGCACAGUCACCGGAGCUCGAUCAUCGACAUGCGGAUGGAUGCCGACGGAAAAACCUACGCCAAAGAGUUGCUUCCGAGUUAUAGUGCGCAGCACUCGGUGAUCGGUGAUCUGGACGCAUUUGACCACGUGCUGCAGGUUUCUUCGCACCACGAUGCAAUGUACGCUUACUAUUACAUGGACGAGGACAAUAAGGUGAAGGUGACGGAGAUAUUCGAUAUGAGCGAAAGCGACAACCCGGCCCUACAGACGGCCAACGAGCGCGAACUGAACCAGCAGCUGGAGUUCGAUACUGACUGGGAAACGACACAGCCAGAUUUCCUCUGCUCCAACACGUACGGUGGAGACAGUAUGAUCGACAUCGACGAGUACAUCGAUCCCAGCCUGUUCAUGAGCCACCAUCACCUACUGAACAAUAAUAACAAUAAUAACAACAACAACGGUGCCACGACACAGUAUCCGACCUGGGAGUGUUCGCAGGUUGAGAUCGAAGAGCUGCCGAGCGACUUUAACGACCCAUCGUUGCAACCCGAAGCGGACCAGCAGCAGACGACGGCGAGCCUAAUGUCCGAGUCGGCCACGUUGCUCCUGAGCAAACCGCCACCAUCCUACUCGAUCGAGAUGUGAGAGCAGUCCGCACGACGAUGGUUCGUGAAUACGAUUGUGAUAGACCCCGCGGGGGGCGACUCCCCGAGAUCGAUAGGAGGUCGCGCGCGCGCGGUGCCUUAUGGCCUUUCGAAUGAUAUUACGAUCGCGGGGUGCGCUCCAGAAAUGCAGAAAGCAUAGCUUUUUGUAGGCGCGUGUCCACGGCACAGGGAACACAGCUGCAGAGCGGUUGCAGCUGCUUCGUGAAGCAGGCAGGCAAUAUAGGCAGGAACCUAUCAGUCAAGCAACAGAGCAAGCCAGACAGAACCAAAAGACAGAGUUCCUUCGGGUUUCGGAUCACAACACAGGAGGGUUGCGGAACUACGGUUGUGGAUUGUAGUAGAUGUGUAGUUAGAACAUACCUAUUCGUGUAACAUAUCGUCUUUUACCACCCGCCCGAAGGGGUUUCGUUUUUAAUUAGCAAAAAGACCAAAAGCAACCAAUUUUGUCAUUAUUGUGUUCGAUAAGAGAGAGAGAUCGAUUUAAACGAACGUAUGUGAUUGCAAACACAAAACAAAAAACAUGAAGCAAAGCUAUUGCUAGUUAGGCGAAAAGAGUGGGUUCUCGUGCUCCUCAUAGGUUUUAGUUUAUCGUCGCUUCGGCAUUCGGCGUCACGGACAACGCUUCCUUACCAGCCACACACAGACAGUGGUGAUUAGGUUUAGUAUCGCGCGCGCGGAACACGCGGCUCACGGCUCGACGGAGGACGCGGAGGGGAGUGUUUUUUGGACUUCUACCAACGGCUGUGCAAUAGUGGAGAGACGAUAGCGAUAAAACGUUUGCUUUACAGAGAAGGAGAGAGAGAGGCUCACUGCCAAAUAAGAGACGAUACGCCUCGUCAGGCUGACCCGGAGCCGGAACAUUUCGGACCACCGGACACGGAGAACAAGGGACCAGGGACCAGGGCUUUUUGUUUAUGCAAUACUAGAUAGUUAGAUGACCAAUUUUUAAACGUUGCCACCGAGUGUAGUGGUGUCAACCCCCGGCGCGCGAAACACAGUUACAGUUAUUUAUACGAUUUACCUCAUACACAUUAGUCUCUAAGGUGCAUUCGAGUAACGGCAAAUAAAAGUCCCCCACAAAGUC